AUGCAUUCUAAAAUUAGCAUAAAACCACGACUGAUGUUAUUGAUAUUAAAUAAUGUCAAUAACAGUAUAGGUAAGAGGCUCAUAGCCCAAAAGGCCAUAUACGAUGAUGAAGAGAAGGAAAGCGGGGGCCGCGAACUUCCAACAGAAACGCCAGUAGUACCCCGGAGCAAAGCCGAUCAUGUCACGGAUGUCGUCGCAGAACCGUUGGGUACCUGGAAUCAUAAGUAUCCUCAAACCAGAAAUUUCAGAUAUAUCAACACCUUGCUACAGCCAUUCACAAGGAAAUGGAGAAACGAUUGUGCAACAAGCGUUUGUUUCAACUGCAUUAUGUGGCAGCUCCCAACAAAAGCAGGAUUCUAAAAAUGUAUUUUAUUUUGAUUUAUGCAACUCCAUGGCACAAUCAAACAUAGCAUGGAAUAAAUUAGAACAACCGGCGUUCCGUAAAUUUUUUGAAAAAUAUUGUAACCGCCAUAUCCCAAAUGAAUCCACGUUGCGCAAAAACUAUUUGAAGAAAUGUUACCAGAAUCAUAGAAAAGGUGAUUGAAGAACUAAGUCUUAUUCCUGGAGAAAUUGGAAACAAAACUAGGGUUAAAUGGGAAAGUGUUUUAUCUCGCAAUCCUGGAUACCAACAAAUAAAAAAUGUUUGUUACAUUUUGUGAGGACAGAACCAAAGUGAUCCGCAUAUUAAAAUGAAGCGCGAUCACAUCAUGUGAUGUGGAGCGUUCAUAUUCGGAUUUUAAAAAUUUAUUAACAGACAAACGCCAUAAUUUAAGCAUGGAUAGUAUUAACCAGUUAUUAGCUUUAUACUGCAACCCUAUCGUUUAAGUUUUUGUGUGUAUCAGUUUGGAUUAGUACUGUACUGUUCAUUACAGAAAAAC